UUUUCUCUUGAAUUGAGUUGGAAACUUGGAAGGUAUCCAUUCCUUUCACUCUCCUCCUCAUCCCCCACCACACCUCCCUCUUUCUCUCUCCUCAACAACCCAAACUUUUCCACCAUUAACGGACCUUCACUUUCUCUCUCCUCUCCUCUCCUCUAAUGGAAUCUCCACCAAUCUACCGUCUCCCUCAAGACACCCUCCACAUGAUCUUCACCAAACUCCCCCUCCGCGAUAUCAUCCGUUGCCGAUCUAUCUCCAAGCCCUUCAACCACCUCCUCACUUCCCCCUCCUUCUGCCACCUCAUCUCCUCCCUCCACCCUCCUCUUUCUCUCCUCGCUCUCCGCCCUCCCCACCACCACACCCGCCACCGUCAAGCCGCCCUUCUCUCCCCUCCUCCUCCUCCUCCCCCUCUCCCUCUCCUCCACGCCUUCGAUCCUUCCUCCGAUAAAUGGCUCAGAUUUGACCUCACUUUCCUUCCCUUCACUUCUCUCUCCCCGGUCACUUCCUCACUCGGUCAGAUCUACCUCUGGGGUGACUCACCCGAGUCCCCUGCUCGCUCACUUGUUGUUUGCAACCCUUUAACCCGGGCUUACCGGGUUCUCCCCCAGCUCGGGUCCGCGUGGUCGAAACAUGGAUCGGUUUUAUCCGGGUCCGGUGGGCGGAUUCUUGUUCUCACUGAACUCGCCACCUUGUAUUGGUGUGAUCACAGCACUCACAAUCGCAGUUACAAUAAGAAAAUUAGCAACAAUAACAAGAAUAGUUGGUUAAAGUUUUCGUCGAAUUUACCCUCGAAACCUCGGAGCCCCAUCUUAGUUGGGAGCUCCUUGUAUGCCCUCUGUGAUGUGGGAUCACCUUGGAGAAGUCUCUGGAAGUUAUUCAGCUGUAAGCUGCCCGAUUUCGAGACGACGGCGUUGGGAUGGAGUAGGGUCGAGAGGAGUGAAUGGGGGGAUGUGUUUGAUAUCUUGAAAAGACCUAGAUUAGUCAAGGGGGUUGGGAACAAGAUUCUAAUGGUGGGAGGGCUAAAAUCGUCAUUUUCAUUGAAUGCUUCUUGCUCUACAAUAUUGAUACUUAGGUUGGAUUUGGAGAGUCUGGAGUGGGAUGAGGCAGGGAGAAUGCCUUUGGAUAUGUAUAAGUGUUUUCAGGAAUCUUCGAAGUUUAAGGUUUUUGGAGGAGGGGAUAAGGUUUGUUUUUCGGCUAAGAGGGUUGGGAAGUUGGCAUUGUGGGACAAUUCCGCUCAAGGAGUAGGUGGUGGAGGUGGCGGUGGCGGUGGCGGUGAGUGGCAGUGGAUCGAGGGGGCGCCUGGGUAUGGGGACGGAUUGUUACGUGGGUUCGUAUUUGAUGCUUGCCUUGGUUCGGUGUCGUGAUGGGUGUGUGGUUCUUUUGGUGGAUUUCUCGUCAACCUUACUAUAGGAAUGCAGGAAAAAGGUGGGGAUGGAUAACAGAAUGAGCCAUGGGCCAGCGAACAUGGAGUUGUGUAGACUACCCAACAACCAUUGAUGGCGAUUUAUGGAAAAGUCGCAGGGCGAAGAUGAGAGAAUUAUAGAUUUUAAUCUCAACUUCAUAACGAGAUGCAUCUCAUACAUAAUGUGAAGCAGAUGAAGCUGGGUCAACUGGUUUUCCUGCAGAUAUAUUUGAAAGUAUCUUUGUUCAAGCUGGCUGUUUUUCUUUUGUAGAAAAAUAUGACAAAAAAUGAUAGGUUAUGAUAUUUACUACUCCGAACAAUACUUUGCAUGAAUUAAAUGUACACCAGUUCAGAAAUUUAAUUUGAAAUAUAUUAAAUUUAGUUCC